AAAGUAAAAGUGCGCUCUUCGGUUUAUGUGGAGAGAAAUAUAAAGUUUUCUAGAAAAUCACGUGUGAUGGAGGGUACAAGACCAGAUUCACCUCAACCCAGCUGUGUCUCCAUGAAGAGCGACCGGUCAAUGGAACCUCCACAAUACUUUAAAGAUGAAGGAGGAUGUUUUACUGAUCUAAGUGUGAUGGAGGGUACGAGACCAGAAUCACCUGAACACAGCUGUGUCUCCAUGAAGAGUGACCAGUCAAUGGAACCUCCACGUAACUUUAAAAAUGGAGGAUGCUCUGAUCUGAGUGUGAUGGAGGGUACGAGACCAGAUUCACCUGAACCCAGCUGUGUGUCCAUGAAGAGUGAGCAGUCAAUAAAACAACCACCUGUAUUUAAGGAUGGAGGAUGUUCUACUGAUCUGAGACCACAAAAGGAGAAUUUAAAUGUUACUUACAGAGAUCAGCUGGAAUCCAUAUUUAAGGAACUGGAGCUUAAAGUCAUCAGCAUGUUAAAGAAUGAGCUAAAUAAGUUCAAAAAGCUCCUGAAUGAAGAUUACCCAGCAUGCUCUGAGCAGGAGGUGAAGGAUGUGGAAGAUCUGAGUAAUUUCAGAGAGGGGGCGCUAAAGAUCACACUGAAUGUUCUGAAGAUCAUGAACCAGACAGACCUCGCUAACACCCUGCAGAUGAAACUAUUAGGCUCUGUAUAUCAGAAAAGACUGAAAUCAAACCUGAGAGAGAAAUGUAAAAGAAUUAAUGAAGGAAUCUCUCAGCAUGGAAGCUCAGCACUUCUGAAUGAGAUCUACACAGAGCUCUACAUCACAGAGGGUUGGAGUGGAGACGUCAAUAAUGAACAUGAGGUCACACAGAUUGAAGCAGCAUCCAGGAGACCAGCAGCACAGGAGAUUCCCAUCAAAUGCAGCGACCUCUUUAGAGACAUGUCCAUCAGAACUGUGCUGACUAAAGGAAUCGCUGGAAUUGGAAAAACAGUCUCAGUGCAGAAGUUCAUUCUGGACUGGGCUGAAGGAAAAGCAAAUCAGGACAUCAUCUACAUAUUUCCACUUCCUUUUAGAGAGCUGAACUUGAUGAAGCAGGAAAAUCUCAGUCUGAUGGAACUUCUUCAUCAGUUUUUCCCAGAAGUGAAAGGUCUGACAUCAUUAGACUGUGAAGCUUAUAAUGUUUUGUUCAUCUUUGAUGGUCUGGAUGAGUGUCGACUUCCUCUAGAUUUUCAAAAUAAUGAGCGAUUGUGUAACAUAACAAAGUCAGAAAAAAUGGAUGUGCUGCUGACAAACCUCAUCAAGGGGAACCUGCUUCCCUUUGCUCACCUCUGGAUCACCACUCGACCAGGAGCAGCCAAUCAGAUCCCUCCUGAGUGUGUAGACCAGGUAACAGAGGUACGAGGGUUCAGUGACCUUCAGAAAGAGGAGUACUUCAGGAAGAGGAUCAGUGCUGAGAACCUGGCUGGUAAAAUCAUCAAACACAUGAAGUCAUCAAGAAGCCUCUACAUCAUGUGUCACAUUCCAGUCUUCUGCUGGAUCUCAGCCUCUGUUCUAGAGAGGAUUCUGGAUGAAGCCGAGGGAAAAGAGAUUCCCAAAACUUUGACUCAGAUGUUCACAUACUUUCUGAUCUUUCAGAUAAAACACAAGGAACAAAAGUAUCAUGGGAAAUCUGACUCUGAUCUACACCAGACCAAUGAGACGAUACUGGCACUGGGAAAACUGGCCUUCCAACAGCUGGAGAAAGGAAACCUGAUCUUCUAUGAAGAAGACCUGACAGAGUGUGGCAUUGAUGUCAAAAACACAUCAGUGUACUCAGGAGUCUGCACCCAAAUCUUCAAAAAAGAGGCUGGACUGCACCUGGGUCAGAUCUUCAGCUUUGUGCACCUGAGUGUUCAGGAAUUUCUGGCUGCUUUAUAUGUAUUUCUCACCUUCAUCAACAAAAACAGAAAUGUGCUGGUGAUGCAAAACACUGGAUUCUUUAACAUCGUUAGAAACUCUAUGUCUGACUUUCUGAAGAGUGCAGUGGACAAGGCCUUACAGAGUAAGAAUGGACACCUGGAUCUUUUCCUCCGCUUUCUCCUGGGUCUCUCACUGGAGUCCAAUCAGACUCUCUUGCGAGGCCUACUGCCACAAACAGGAAGUGACUCUUACAACAAAGAAGAAACAGUCGGGUACCUCAAGGAGAAGAUCAGUGGGAAUCCCUCUCCAGAGAAAUCCAUCAAUCUGUUCCACUGUCUGAAUGAACUGAACGAUGAUUCUCUAGUGCAGGAAGUCCAACAAUACCUGAACAGAAGAGGUUCUGGACACCGUCUUUCUCCUGCUCAGUGGUCGGCUCUGGUGUUUGUGUUGCUGAACUCAGAUCAGGAGCUGGAUGAGUUUGAUUUAAGGAAAUAUUACCCAUCACAUGAAGGUCUUCUGAAGCUCCUGCCUGUGGUGAAAGAAUCAAGAAGAGCUAAGUUGUGGUGGUGUAAUCUAACAGAGGAAAGUUGUGAAGUUCUGUCCUCAGUUCUCAGUUUAAACUCCUCCAGUCUGAAACAUCUGAACCUGAGUAACAAUAAACUGAAGGAUUCAGGAGUGAAGCUGCUCUUUGCUGGACUGGAGAAUCUACACUGUAAACUGGAGAUACUGGAGUUGAGGAAUUGUGAUCUAACAGAGGAAAGUUGUGAAGUUCUGUCCUCAGUUCUCACUUUAAACUCCUCCAGUCUAAAACAACUGAAACUGGAAAACAAUAAACUGAAGGAUUCAGGAGUGAAGCUGCUCUCUGCUGGACUGGAGAAUCCACACUGUAAACUGGAGAUACUGGAGUUUGCUCGUUGUAAUCUAACAGAGAAAAGUUGUGAAGUUCUGUCCUCAGUUCUCAGUUUAAACUCCUCCAGUCUGAAACAUCUGGACCUGAGUAACAAUAAACUGAAGGAUUCAGGAGUGAAGCUGAUCUCUGCUGGACUGGAGAAUCCACACUGUAAACUGGAGAUACUGGGGUUGGCUGGUUGUAAUCUAAGAGAGAAAAGUUGUGAAGUUCUGUCCUCAGUUCUCAGUUCAAACUCCUCCAGUCUGAAACAUCUGUACUUUGGUUAUAAUGAACUGAAGGAUUCAGGAGUGAAGCUGCUCUCUGCUGGACUGGAGAAUCUACACUGUAAACUGGAGAUACUGAAGUUGGAUGAUUGUAAUCUAACAGAGAAAAGUUGUGAAGUUCUGUCCUCAGUUCUCAGUUUAAACUCCUCCAGUCUGAAACAUCUGAACCUGAGUUUUAAUGAACUGGAGGAUUCAGGAGUGAAGCUGCUCUCUGCUGGACUGGAGAAUCCACACUGUAAACUGGAGAUACUGGAGUUGUGGAGUUGCAGUAUUACAGAUGAAGGUUUUACUGCUCUGGCUUCAUCUUUGAAAUCAAAUCCAUCAUCACGUCUGAGAGAACUGAGUCUAAACAACAAUCAUCCAGGAAAAUCAGGAGUAAAACUGCUCAAAGAUCUACAGGAGGAUCCACAAUGUAACCUAGAAAAACUAAGGUAACUUACUGUUGCUUUUAUACACAGACACACCUAAACACACACAUGCACACGUUACAUACAGGGCAGCAUGGUGGCUAAGUGGGAAGAACUGUCGCCUCACAACAGGAAGAUACUGGGUUCAAUCCCCAGGUGGGGCAGUCCUUUCUGCGAUAUAACCUUGUGAAUUGAGUCUUGUGUAAUGAAUAACUACCGUUUCUGUCAUGAAUGUAACCAAAGUGUAAAACAUGACAUUAAAAUCCUAAUAAACAAACAUAACAUA